GCGGGCGGGAUUUCCGGCGUGCGGGGCGCGCGCGCGGCGGGGCGGGAGCGGCCGCGCGAACCGGGGCUGCGGGGCGGCCACGCCACUUCCGCCUCCGCCGCCGCGUGAGGGGCCGCGACCGCCGGGAGCGGCUCCGGGAGCGGCGCCGGGAGCGGCGCCGGGAAUUCCGGGAGCGGCCCAGCCGGCAGCGCGGCGGAGGAACCGCCGCCCAGCGCAGCCCCGCGCCGGCCGCCGCAGCCCCGAGCGGCUGCGCCCCAGCUCCAUGAAUGGAAAUCGGCAGCGCAGGACCCGUGGGGGCACAGCCCCUGCUCAUGGUGCCCAGACGUCCCGGCUAUGGCACCAUGGGCAAGCCCAUUAAACUGCUGGCCAACUGCUUCCAAGUUGAAAUCCCAAAGAUUGAUGUCUACCUCUAUGAGGUGGAUAUCAAACCAGAUAAGUGUCCUCGGAGGGUGAACAGGGACGUGGUGGACUCUAUGGUGCAGCAUUUUAAAGUGACAAUAUUUGGGGACCGUAGACCAGUUUAUGAUGGGAAAAGAAGCCUCUAUACAGCCAAUCCACUUCCUGUGGCCACUACUGGGGUGGAUUUGGAUGUGACACUACCCGGAGAAGGUGGAAAAGAUCGUCCCUUCAAAGUGUCAAUAAAGUUUGUUUCUCGGGUGAGCUGGCACUUGCUGCAUGAAGUUUUGACAGGAAGAACCUUGCCUGAGCCUCUGGAACUAGACAAACCUAUCAGCACUAACCCUGUUCAUGCUGUCGAUGUGGUGCUACGACACCUCCCCUCCAUGAAGUACACCCCUGUGGGCCGCUCCUUCUUCUCAGCUCCAGAAGGCUAUGACCACCCCCUGGGAGGGGGCAGGGAGGUCUGGUUUGGGUUCCAUCAGUCUGUCCGACCUGCCAUGUGGAAAAUGAUGCUCAACAUUGAUGUUUCUGCCACUGCCUUCUACAAAGCACAACCCGUAAUUCAGUUCAUGUGUGAAGUCCUUGACAUUCAUAAUAUUGAUGAACAACCAAGACCUCUGACUGAUUCUCAUCGGGUAAAAUUCACCAAAGAGAUAAAGGGUCUAAAGGUAGAAGUGACUCACUGUGGGACAAUGAGAAGGAAGUACCGUGUCUGUAACGUAACGAGACGGCCUGCAAGUCAUCAAACCUUUCCUUUACAGCUAGAAAAUGGCCAGACUGUGGAGAGGACAGUAGCACAGUAUUUCAGAGAGAAAUACAACCUCCAGCUGAAAUACCCUCACCUUCCUUGUCUGCAAGUGGGACAGGAACAAAAACACACCUACCUGCCUUUAGAAGUGUGUAACAUCGUGGCUGGCCAGAGAUGCAUCAAGAAGCUGACAGACAAUCAGACAUCGACCAUGAUAAAAGCUACAGCCAGGUCUGCUCCAGACAGGCAGGAGGAGAUCAGCAGAUUGGUGAGAAGUGCAAAUUAUGAUGCAGAUCCAUUUGUCCAAGAGUUCCAGUUCAAAGUGCGGGAUGAGAUGGCCCAUGUGACAGGACGUGUGCUCCCAGCCCCGAUGCUGCAGUACGGAGGACGGAAUCGAACCGUGGCAACACCAAGCCACGGCGUGUGGGACAUGAGAGGGAAACAGUUCCACACUGGGGUGGAGAUCAAGAUGUGGGCCAUAGCUUGCUUUGCAACACAGAGACAGUGCAGAGAAGAAAUUCUGAAGGGUUUCACAGACCAGCUGCGCAAGAUCUCCAAGGACGCCGGCAUGCCGAUCCAGGGCCAGCCCUGCUUCUGCAAGUACGCCCAGGGUGCAGACAGCGUGGAGCCCAUGUUCCGACACCUCAAGAACACCUAUUCAGGGCUCCAGCUCAUCAUUGUCAUCCUGCCAGGGAAGACGCCUGUGUAUGCGGAGGUGAAGCGUGUGGGAGAUACGCUGUUGGGAAUGGCCACACAGUGUGUUCAGGUCAAGAACGUCAUUAAAACAUCUCCACAGACCCUCUCAAAUCUGUGCCUGAAGAUUAAUGUUAAGCUAGGAGGAAUCAACAACAUCCUUGUACCUCAUCAACGACCUUCUGUGUUCCAGCAGCCAGUGAUCUUUUUGGGAGCUGAUGUCACUCACCCUCCAGCUGGAGAUGGAAAGAAGCCUUCCAUUGCUGCUGUUGUAGGCAGCAUGGAUGCUCAUCCCAGCCGGUACUGUGCCACGGUGAGGGUCCAGCGGCCCCGGCAGGAGAUCAUCCAGGACCUGGCCUCCAUGGUCAGGGAGCUGCUCAUCCAGUUCUACAAAUCAACACGGUUCAAGCCCACCAGGAUCAUCUUCUACAGGGACGGGGUCUCUGAGGGACAGUUCCGACAGGUUUUGUAUUAUGAGCUGCUGGCCAUUAGAGAAGCUUGCAUCAGUUUGGAAAAGGAUUACCAGCCUGGAAUAACCUACAUUGUGGUGCAGAAGCGACAUCAUACACGGCUGUUCUGUGCUGACAGAACAGAAAGGGUCGGACGAAGUGGCAAUAUUCCAGCUGGGACAACUGUAGAUACAGACAUUACACACCCCUACGAGUUUGAUUUUUACCUCUGUAGCCAUGCUGGAAUACAGGGAACCAGCCGUCCCUCCCACUACCACGUCCUGUGGGAUGACAACUGCUUCACAGCAGACGAGCUGCAGCUGCUGACGUACCAGCUGUGCCACACGUACGUGCGCUGCACCCGCUCCGUCUCCAUCCCCGCACCCGCCUACUACGCUCACCUGGUGGCAUUCAGAGCACGCUACCACCUCGUGGACAAGGAACACGACAGUGCUGAAGGGAGCCACGUGUCAGGACAGAGCAACGGGCGAGACCCGCAGGCCCUGGCGAAGGCUGUACAGAUUCACCAAGACACCUUACGCACGAUGUACUUCGCUUAAGUCAAUGACCCGGGAGACACUCACCGAGAGGAGAACUGAGAACUUAAGCCACAUACAAUGUAUGUUUCCAGGGGGUUGGUUUAGGGGCUGUGCCUCCCAUCGUGCUGGAGCUGACGCUGAGCAGGGGCGAGAGGCUCACCCUUAAAUUGACACGAGGAAGAUUGUUUACUUCAUCCAGGAACACAGCACUAUUAUGCAAUAUGAAACCAGCCAACUGCUUUUUUGGGGCGGGCUCCUGUGGGAAGCACCGCCAUCAUUUUUUUUUAAUUAUUAUUUCUCGUAGUUUAACCCUCUUCUGCCUUUACCUCAAGUUGCUCGGCAGCACAACUAUUGUUGCAAAAAAAAAAAAAAGAUAGUAAUAAUAAACUAAAAUCUAUUGUGUAAUUUAAAACAAAAAACAAACCACCUUUUAGAAACAAUCACAGUGAUUGUUUGGAGAAGGGAAGUGUGCAAAAAAGAAAAUAAGUUUUUAACCCCUGUGCAUUGAGGAAUCUUUCUCUCAGUAUUGCCAUCGAAUGUGAACAUAUCCAAGUGAAUUGGAAUGUACAGCACUAGCUAGGUAACAGUGAGGGGGGGAAGAUGUUUUGCACACUAAUCCAAUGAUUUGAACCUAAUUUAGCCAACGGCUGCCUUUGUGUCUUUUCUCACAGCUUUGGAGUUCUCAGCUCCAAGAGUUCCCUUUCAAAAGCAAUCCAAGAAGCUCGUGGUUCAUAUGCAGGCAGUAGUGACCCAACUCUUCUUGCUCCCUUGGGGAAUUUACUAAAGCUGCUGUUUUACCUAGUCCAAAAGUUUCAAUUUUUCCUAUCUGGCAAGUCAAAUCUGUUGAAGCUUCACGUGAGAUCUGAUGUCCUGGGUUUUCUGGGAUGACAUACAGUAACCACCAGAACUGAAACUUUAGAGCUAAGGUCUUUUUGGAAAAAAAAGAAACCUGCUACUUUACUUGCUGCCUCUCACACCUUAAUGUGAUUCAUAUGUAUGUGUGUUUGAAGUUUAGCUUCCUUUUGUUUCUUUUAUAUUUAUUAGAGUAAUAAUAAUGCUUUAAUUUAAUUAUUACAGAACAUAUGGUCAACAUCAACUUUUAUUUUUUAGAAAUGUAAUCAUGUUUAUUUUUAAAAAAAGAAACUGACAACUUGUUUUGCUAUCUUUUAGUGCAAUAAGCAUUCUAAAGAAAAACUGUGUCCAUUGAGCUGUACUGAAGCAGUGUCUGUACCACGGACCGUGGGAGAAUGGACACCUCCAGGAUUUUAAAAGGACAAAGUAAAAGCCUUAAUUUUGAAAGGAAAGUUUUAUAGUCAGAAGGAAUCUUGAAUUUUCCUUUUUUAAAUCAAAAAAAAAAAACAAAAAAUGCUUCUAGACUUCUGCAAGCUUUACUUGUCGCUGCAGUCUUUUGAUUUAACAAAGGAAUUGGCCUUAUUUUUGGCUUUGAAAUGUGGAGCAUAUUUGAAUUAAAUGGAAAGGGUUUUGUAUUAAGAUCUCAGUUUUUACAUGCUUAGUUAAACCUAUUUGACAUCAGUAAAAUGUCUGGAAUUAAUAAAAGUUUUUAGGCUUUUUUCCUCUUUGAUAGUGACUUUCCUUUUAAAAUUAAGUUAUUGGUAACUUCAUUUCACUUUGCAAAUAAAGAGGGCUGGGAUAGUUCUAACAUGUUAAAUCACCAAAAUGUGAAACAAACCAAUGGGACUCUUUCAUUCCACUUUAAAACCAAUGUUUAAGAUGUCAGAGCAUUUAUUCAACGAGGGGACUGGGGAGUUUUGCACUUUGUAAACUCGUGAACUGCAUUUUUGACUGUUUUUAUUUGCACUGGUUCAUAGUAUAUUUACUGCAGCUGUUUGUAUGGGCAUUGCUGUGAUCCCAGCCCUCCUGACCUCCACCUGCUCUCACAUGAAAACCUGGUUGGUCUAAGUAGCUUCUCUCCUCGUUCUCACCAAAUCUGCUGUUUGCCAAUAUACUGUAUUUUGAGCCUAAAAUCUGAGCCCAUUUUGCUUCACCAGGCAUGACCCCCCCUUUUUUUCUGCCAGAAAAACCAAGUACUGUAUUUUGUGCGUUUGUAUAUUGUAUGGAAAUGUCCGUAGUGCUGUUCACAACACUGUCUGCAAGAGCUUUACUAACAGCUGGUGUAGAUACCUAUUUUAACUCUCAAAAGCAAGGAAAAUAAUAUAAAAGACUAACUUGGCAAAGCUAAAAUUGCACUGGAAACAGUGCUGGGGGUGGGCAUGGCUGAGGGUGGCUGGGGGCUCAGCAGGAUUGGGGACCCCCGGAGCCAGGAGGUCCCAGCUUGGAGUGCCCUGUCCCUGUGGGUGCCUUUGGGCACACCUGGUGCAGGGACGGAGGUGUGACAGAGACCUUUGAGCAAGGUGGUUUCUCAGCGAGUCUCUCAGAUGUUUUUCCCAGUCUGUGACCUGACACUUUUCUCCUAAAGCUCUCUCAGUAGCAAUGCUGUUUGUAAAAGGUUCAGCUUAAGCUUUAUACAGAAAUUUCUUUUGAAACUGAGAACUUUUUUUUUUUUUAAACUAUUUUACAAAGAGCUCUUGUGGACUUCUGGCAUUUAGCUGAAAAUUCCUUUUUAUAAAGCCUUCUAGCUCUCCUUUCAAAGCUGCUUCUCACCCUGCCCACGCUUGGUGACUCGGAUUUGAGAAGCUUUUUUGCUCACUACUUUCACCAAAAACUAAAGAAACUUCAUUGGCAAAGUGACUUCAGUUGUCAAGGUAACAUUGUACCUGGUUUUCAUGUGAAGAGUAUUUGGAAGUUUUAAUCUCUCUUCUCGGUUUUGCAAAUAUCUACGUCAAGUGCCGAUACUUCUUUGUAUUACGAUAUCAAGUUACUGACGUUGUGAGGGCCACACAUUUAUGAUGCUGUAGCUGCUAUAUUUAUUUAAAUGGAGAUGGACAAUUACUGCACUAAGGAAUGAGGAGAAAAGCAAGGAAUCAAGGUUAGUUAGAUAUCUUGGUUUUUUUUCAAAAGAGAGUUAAUGGUGUGAAAUAUCAAGUGUAACAAAGGGUGCUGUCAUUUUAACUGAGAUUAAAUAGCCAGAUAUUCUUCUUUUGUUUAAAAACAUAUAUAUUUUGAUGUUUGCAGUUUGGGGGUGGGGGGUCGGGAUAAAUGGUACCUCAUCUGUGGUGGCAGUUUCCAGUAUAUUUUCAGAGUAUAUGGAUUUCUUUUAUUUUUGUACCUGCUCUCCUUGAAAAAGAAAAAAAAAAAUCUCAAAUUUUAUGUGCUGUUUGAGGAAACCUUGAGUGGCACAGCAGAUCCCCCUCUCUGGCCGAGAGCUGGCUGUGGAUAGUCCAAAGAGGGAUGUGGGCACAGGCUGAUGGCUCUUCUUGCUUUGCAGACACCGGCCUCGGGUUUCUGCCUGGGGAGAAAAGUAGUUCCCAUCUCCUCAGACACUGCACCGAGACCUCACUUGUACUGAACAAGUGCCACUAAGUGCUCCCGUGGUGGGGUCAGGCCCAGGGUAUCACCGAGCCCCUCCUCACCCAGCCAGCCCUGCCCAAACCUCCCACCUGGCCACUGCUAGACCCAGAGCUGGAGAGAAUCAGAGAAUGUUUGUGGUUGAGGCGUUAAACUCGCGACAUUUGCCAACAGGAGGAGUGGCUCCGCUGGAAGUCGCCUUUCUCCCUUUCUAGGGACUUGAGCCGUGGCCAUUUGACUCAGGAUCGCUGUGUCACUGUUCCAUGUGUCAUCUGGUUACACGUGUCCAAAAGUUAUUUUUAUAGUAUUCAUUCCGGUCUUCUUUUGGGAGUUUGGCCACAGAAAUGGUUUUCAGGAGUAAAAUGGGUUUCUGGAAGUUGUCAGUCAAAUUGUUUCAAGAUGCUCUUGGUCCUAAAUGAUUUUCACUUCUUCAUGUACAAAUACUUGUCCUAUAAAAUGCUCAACAUGAGAUACCAUGUAGUCUGCUGUAAAAAUUCCAGCUACAAAUACUGGUUUUCUACUAGUCUUAAAGUUCACUCUGGUGAAAUUCCAAGCUCAAGCUUAAGGCCUGUUUUUUUUUAUUUUCCUUCCCUUUUCUUACACUUUCUUCAUAUCUUGUCCACUUUUGGUAUUUUCCCUGUUUUGUGAACUGAGGGUUUAGAACCUUACUCAAAGCACUUUUAUAACCAAGGAAUCAAAAGCUCAGAUUAUGUGUGUUGAACCUGUAAAUUCAGUUUUCAAAAGUGGUGGUUUCUAAAUGGCCAUUGUGGUCUCUGGUCAGGCUGGGCAGAUACUCUGUCCCUUUCAGUGCUGUGGAGUUUCAUGGCUGCUACUGGCAGGCUGUUUGGAUCUAGUAAAAAAUUCCAUAGGGGUGUCAAAGGGAAAGAUUUCUGUCUGUCUUUUCUUCCCAAAGAUGGUACUUUAGGUUGAUGCUGCAUGUUUGGAAUAUCAUUUUAGGUUUGGCACAUGUUGAAAUCAAACUUCACUUAGCCAAUUCACUCCUUGUUUUUGUAAAAUAUUGUGGUUAGAGCUUGAGCUCGUUGAUGCUUUCUGCUGGUAGAAGAUUUUGUACUUUCUGUAGUUGAAGUAUGAGCAAGAUGGAUACAGGAUCCUACAUCUUACCUCCCAAGCAGAAUCUCAAAAGUCCAGAUCUCCGUGACACUAAAACCCAAAUUGUUGUCCUCUGAGUAGACAAAGGUGUGCAUAUGGUGGGGAAGGAGUUGUAAGGGAGAGGCGUGCGAGGGAAAAUAUCAAAGCAUUGGUUUGGCAGGAAUGAGGGUGUUGGGGAGACUCCAUCCACUUUCCAUCCCACGUGCCCUGGCCUUUCACAUCUGUCUGAGGUACCCCCUCACCUGACACGGGUUGUUACCGUAGGGUCCUUUUCAAACAAAGCAGUUCCACUGUUUAAAACUUGGAGUGACUUUUAUUUUUUUUAAGCAAGACAGUCCUCAGAAAGUGCCUUUUUAGAAGAUGGUGCUGUAGAUUUUUAUUUUCCAGUUGUACGUGGCUGCAAAUUUAAGAUAAAUUAUUGAAAAUGCCAAGUGUUUGAUGGUAUCUUUUAGGUACUUUCAAGCAUCAGCUUCUCUGAGUCAGGACCAAGAAUAACCAGGAAGGUGUUUUCCUUUGGAGGGAGAGGCAUUGAGGAGCGAUCACCAAAUUCAGCCAGUAGGUUUGCGUUUGAUCAAUGGGGUUAGGUUCGGUUUGAUCAAUGUGAUUUACCUCUUCAUAUUGAGGGGACUGGGGGUUGGGGUGUGGGAGAAGCCAUGGGGACGUGAUUGGUGCUGAAAGGAAUCUGUAACUCCUGAAGGAUGUCUUCUCUUAGGAGAAGCACGUUCCCAAAGCUGGAGACAAACUGAAGGGAUCUUAGGAGGGUGGCUUGGGAGAUGGUUGGUCCUCACAUGGCUCGUGUGUGUUUGGGAUGGAUCCGUGUGUCUUCUGACUGCCAGCUGGGAGCUGGAUGCUCUGCGUGGGAGCAGCUUGGUGGCCGGGUGAUGCCACGAGGGGGGCGGGUCUGUGGUGAGUUUGGUGAGCGUUCCUGCAGUCAGGAAAAGCUGUAGACUAGACUAUUAAACACUGCACCUCAGUAACCUUGUAAUGCUGCAUAAAGUAAUAAUAAUAGCAAAGUUGUGCUUUGACACUGUAAUGUGCUUGCACAUGCCUGCAAAAAACACUUCCCUUUCCUUUGGUAUCGGUCUGAGUAGCAGUUAUGGGACUUUUCUUUUAUGAUGAGCCUUGUCCUUUGUUGUGAUGUUUCUGUAUAUUUAUUGGUGGUCUGUGUGCAGCUCAUAGGUCUGUGUGUCUGCUCUGUGUGUUGCUUUUAACACUUAUUUUUAGGCAGGAGAAGUUUCUGAAUGUUUUGGUUUUCUUCUCCAAAGAAAGUUGGCUUAACCAGUUGUGUUUGAGAGGAGACAAUUAACCCGCUUGCCAUAGACAAGUGCUUCAUUAGUACCUUGUUUCUCUAUAACUAAAAUGAUUUUGUGCAUUUUAUUACUGUUUAUAGUGUUGGGCAUUCAAGAUGUGGAAUAACUUGAUGUCAGGAUAUUUUUGAAUAUCAGGAGCUUAACCACAGAACUCACUGAAUAAUUCCAAGUGAUCUCUUUGCAGGAAUAUGUUCAUGUCCAGACUUUUUCUAGGAGUAAGCAGAGCUUCUGGACAUCAUCAACGAAAUACGUGGGGUUCAGAGUCCCAGCAUUGGGCAGUGCCCUUGCUGAGUUGCCCACACCUCGUUGUUGAGGGGAUGCUGCAGCUCCCCAGGCACAAGUUGACUCUCUUUGCUCUGUAAUUUCUUCUGAUUCAAGUUCGAGACAUAAUCCAAUGUCUCUUGUAGCUUGUACCAACUUUCUUGUCUUAUUGCAGUGCCCAAUGCCACUGUGUUGGUAUUAAGCUUGCCAUGAUGUUCAAUUCUUUUAUAUUUCCAAUUUCUCUAUGUUACUAGGCUGGGGUUUAGAAAGCGUUUUUCAGUCUAAAUUCUGAGCCAAAUAUGUGUCUCCUGACCCUUUUAGUAGUAGCUGUUUCUAUCUUUUAGACUAAAAAGGGCCAAAAAUCUUGCACCAUGAGCUUGUUUGCAGCAAUACCCUCCAUCUCCUCCCCUGCCUGUCAACCAGCUGCUUUGUUUCUCUCUAUAUUUAGCUGAUACUGAACCUGUUGAGAUUUAGAAAGAGGUUGCUGCUUCUUUUUUCUAUCAAAAGGAAUGAACUUGCACCUGAUGAAGCAGUUUUCUGUUGGACACAAAUCUCUUGCCUUGGUGUCCAUGAGCUGCCAUAUGUGAUGUUUAAUUCCAGCAGAAAUAUUUCUGUUGAAGUCAUUGGAGGGUGCAUGAUGGUUCAAAGUACCCAAAUUAAAUAAGAGCUAAUAAACUACUGAAAAUAGACAUUAUUAAAAUACUUCAAAAAAAAAACCAAACAACAGCAAACCAAAACUCAACAAGGAGCGGCUGCAGGUGGACAGGGAGGACCUCCUCCAGGAGAUGGGGAUCCUGUGGCUCUUGGAAUAGUUCAACAAGGGAAAGAAAAAAGCUGGAAGAGGCAGAAAGGGCAGACUCAAAGUAACAGAGCACUGUAGCAGUUAUUCAAACUCCUUUAAAAAUUAUCAAGUGGGAACAUCAAAACAGAAUAUUGACGCUAAUGAAGAAGCAGCAGAGCCUUGUUUGCCUCCUGUAGUAAAUACAAAAGCAAAACUUGACAGCUGGUGUUUUCUUUCAGUACCUUUCAGUGCUUGGAAAGGCCUGUAAGAACAAUGGGGGUGAACUUUUAGGAGGGUUUUUUGCCAGAGGAUUUGGCGUGAUGGUUUUAAACUGAGGGAUGUCGGUUCAAAUUAGAUUUAGUGUGUGAUGAAACACUGGCACAGGUUGCCCAGAGGCUGUGGUUGCCCCAUCCCUGAAAACAUCCAGGGUGUCAGAUUGGGUGGGGCUUGGAGCAACCUGAUGGAGAGGUCCCAGGUCACAGCAGGGGGGUUUGUCUGGAUGAGCUUUAAAAGAUCCCUUCCAACCCAAACUACUCUGUUAAUUCAAAAACUAAUAUAUGAGGGGAAAAAGCAUGUUCCUGUAUAUUUUUAGGAGUGGUUGUUCUUCUCCAGGACUGUGCUGCAAGCAGGUGGCAGCUGCCCCCUGAAAUAGAACUGUGGUUUUAUCUAAACCUUGGAAUCCCUUACUUUGGGUGAAACACAUGCAGCUUCCAGUGGAUCUGCUGGUUCAGACAGCACCGACCCGAGGGCUUUUGUGAGAAAUAUGUGGCCCUUCUGUACAGCACAGAUGCCCUGAGAGAUUCCUGGUUGCCUGGAGGUGUGCCUGGCUCCCAGAAGAGCAGCAGGCAGGUGUAGAGGUCAUUUUGUUGUAGCACUGUAGUUGCUCUGCUCUUACUCAGCUCUUACCUACCUCCCCAUUCCCUGAGCAGGGUCUCUCCCUCACUGCCUGUAUGGAAUUGGCCAUGUUGAGGAUGCUGUGGCUGCGUGGAGCACAGAUCAGCUCUGGAUGUGGGGGUGGGAUAGUGACAAAAGCCUGUAGAAACAAUGGACUGGGUAGGAGGUGGGUAGGUGUCAGGUGAGCUGUGAUUAGCUCACACCUUUCAGGGACAUUAGACACGAGCUUGGGUAUCCUGAACUUUUUGUGUAGGACUUGAACUCACUGAGAGCAAGUAUGUGCCUUUUUCUGACCAGGAACAGAGCUGGAAAAACUAGUAUUUGCAUUGGUAGGAUGGUUAGUAUUUUUCUUGAACUGUUUUUAAAGCUCAAAAUCCUUGGUCAGAGUUGGUUUUGUGUUGAAUUACUUAAUCAAAGUGAGCCCUGAAUUAUUUGUGAAUUAGAACUAUCCAGAGAGAAGAAGCUUUUAAAAUAAAUGGUUUCUGGAGAGUAAUGUCAUCAAAGAAACCUACUUCCUGGUAGACUUGCAAUUUUUUAAAAUAAAAUUUAACCUUGAUAUGUUUAUCUAAUGCGAAUCAUUAAUUCUGCCUUUAUUUGAAUGUUGCCUGUCCAGUGAUGUCCUCGCUCUUUACUGUGCUCCUGCAGCUUUCCAUACACUCCAUUGCCUCUCCCCUCUCCACCUACUUGGAGGUUGCAGGGACAUGGGGAGUGUUGUCCAGUGAAUGUUGGGGAGCAGUGCAAAGCUCUGACUCGGUGGGGAUGUGGAGGUGAGGAUUAAAUGUCACAGAUGAGUUCAGAAAGACGUUUGCCAGCAGCAGGGGUGGCGAUGUCUGGGGACAGAAUCCUGUGAUCACUUGGGUGUGGGAAGAGGAACAGUCCCCCAUCCUCUGGCACCAGCUCCCCAUUGUAGACACUGCACUGUGCAGAAGUAAGCACAUGUGUGCUUAGAUGCCAGUUUGGGCUUGAAGCUGCUAAAAAAAGUGCAUUUUCAGACCAAGAUGGAAGAGCUUUUCCAACAGGUUCUAUUUGAAGCCGUUUUGAGACAUUGGCAAGCUGUCCAGCCAGGAGCUUUGGAACCAGCUGGCUCUGAAGCAGGUUCCAUUUCUGACCUGAGGAAAUGAUUCUGCCUCACUUUUCAUCUAGAAAAUGUUUGUGAUGAUUCACAUCACCUUAUGAGAGUGACUUACUGGGUGAUCUGAGGGAGAACCGUGUUGUGACAGUGGUAACCCUGUGAUACAAACUUGUGCAAUUCUUGCAUAUUUGCAUCUUCCAGUGAAUCCAGUUGUUGGAGCCCCUCCCUGCUGGGAGCCAGAGCUCUUCCCUCCCACCCCAUUGCAGCUCUGCCUGAGGCUGAAACCCCCUGGGGUCAGUCCUGUGUUUGCCAUCUUGCUUUCUUUAACCCAUUUGUUGUAAAACAGAUGCUCAGAGGGCAAGUUUAUUUAAAUGAAAGGAGUUUUUUUUAAUUGCUGAGAAUUACACAGGUCUUUCAAACGCAUUUGGCAGUUGGAAAAUUAAUGCUAUAACACUAGCUAGCAACACAAAAAUAUGGCUGUAUGUUGAGUUUAGGGCCAUGCUUGCCCAUAAAUCAUAGAUCCACAACCCAUUUCAGUACAGGUGUGCAAAACUUAGCUUUGACAAUAGUUACUAAUAAACUUUCAUUUUGCUUACACUUGCAAAUCUCUUAAAUAUCUUCAAAACCAAUUUCUUUGAUAGAAAAUACGUGUCUUGGUAGGUAGUGUCCACUCAGAUGUAAUAGCAAAGUGAUGCCCACUGGAGCAAUGCUGAAUUUAAAGAACUUGUGGAGGUUUUGGAACCUGAUGGUGUGCCAACAAAGUGAAAACUUGAGUAUUGCUCCUGAAGUAGUGAGGAUAAUUGAACAUCAACAAAACUUGGAGAGAGGAAGAAGGCCAGAGAUGGAGUUUGGCUUCUGGCAACUUUGCAGUGCAGAAUGGCUUCUUCUGGGUACUCGCUUUUGUGCAUCACUUCUCUCCUGUGGCUGUAGUGUUUACUUUUUUUUGAACCUGAUUUCUGUUUUUCAGUGAAAUCUUCUCAUUUUUGCAGUUUUCAGUGUUGAAUCUCUCCUUGAGACAGCUACACAUUGUUUUCCUGUAGAAAAACCUGCUUCUAGCUCAUUGUACUUGGUGUCUGUUUGCAGGCAGGUGUGAAAAGUGAGCUGCAGCACAGCAGUGGGGCGGGCAGAGCGAGUUUUGGGUCAGAAAUGUUGGUUUUACAGGCACUGGUGUACAGAUCAGCAUUCCAGGGGAGCAGUGACGCUUUGAGCUCACAGGGGACAGACCUUCCUUCCUGUUGUUCUUGUCUCUUCCCUUGGUAUAAGCAGUUCAGCUCCCCAGGUAGCCUCAUGGUUAAACAGUGCUUGGUGGAGGAAAAAAUGGGCUGUUCACGUGGCUGGAGGUGUGUGAUCAUGGACAAGGACAUUGUCAGCAGGUGUUACUUCAGAGCUUUCACAGUAAUUGGUAGCAUUUGGUUACGAGCUAACAUUAAAGGAUUUUCAGAAGGUGGCUCAGUUGGCAUUGUGUGUGCUCACUGGCCAGUGAGCUGGGUUCGUUUUGGAGACUGCUGGAAGCACUGGCACACAUAGAAAUUUUGCGUACUUAAUACCACAGAUUUAAAUUGCUCAAAAAAAGAAAAAGUCAUGCUGUUUGGGAUUCCUUUUCUGAAUAAAAUUCUAAUAAACCAGUCUGGUGGAUUGAUCCUGUCCCAUGUGUCUGCUCUUUCUCAUAUGCUGGUAACUGCUCCUCUGUUUUGGUGUCCCAUUGCUUCGGCAGGAGCGUGAAUGUGUUCCCACCGUAAAAGGUCCUGGGCGCUUCCGAAGCAAAAGGGAAAUGUUUCAAGAAUAAAGUAGAGCUGUGACUUGAGACGUUGCACAAAUAGAUUGUAGAUGGAUGGCAAACAAACUGGUAAAAGCCUUUAUUUUUACUUAACCAUCUUGACCAUGUGUGCCUCUUUGUACCGUGGGCUGCAGCCGUGCGGGGUGGGAGGGAACGUGUCGGUGUUUGAGAUGUACUUGCUAAGCAGAAGCCGUGUCCUCUGCCCCUUCUCCCUUUCUGGACAAAUUGUUCUUGCCAAAAUUUUCUACCUGUUGCAAGAGUUGCUUUCCUUCCAGCACAGUAAAAUGUCGACUUCUUUCACUGUUCCUUCCCUCUCGUAGGCAUCUGUAACCUCUGUACGACUGUGUAUAGGACACAGCAGUCAUCGAUCUCUGCUGGCUAUAGAUACCAUCAACUUGAGUGUAUUGUAAACGAACUGUAUUCAUUUGAGAAAUAAAUUUUUUUUGAAAUGCA